AGGGACCGUUUGAUUUGACUUUUAUUUGUGUACGUUGUUCCUUUGGUUUGAUCCCUUUUUUCUUUUUUUUUGGGGUUCUGGGGGGCAGGCCGUUACAUUUUGGCCUUUAUCAUCGUUAAUUAAUAAUUUUUAGCCCUAAUAAAUAAGUGCAGAGUGUAUUCUUUUGUCACGAAAAUGGAAAAAGAUUCGUUUUUGUGCUGUGAGGUCAACAUUCAGUGGUUGAACAAACAGGGUUUGGUUCAAAGAAAAGUGGCUUCAAAAAAGGCAAAUUUGAGGCUACUUCGCGGGGAUACUCGUGACGUAUUUAUCGAAGUCGUGGUUGAAAAAGCGGCUCCGGUAAAACUAAAAUUCAGCAAAGGGGCUCAGGUGCACAAUAGGUUUAUGGCAGAAGGGAAGUCUUCUCUCAAGUUUCCCGAUGAAAAUGCUUCUUUGUUUUUGUCAAAUGCACCUCCUGAACAACUUAAAACAUUUUUAAAGACCCUGUUUAUCAAAAUGGCAAAUGGGAAACCCCUGCAAAAUUCCAGUGCCUCUUUGCGUACACAAGUUCUUUCUCAUAAAUCAUCCAAGUUUGAGGAAAUUUCUCCAGUUACUAAUGGUGAAAUGGACAAAGCUUUUAAAAAAGUUAGUGGCAGGUCCACUGAGACCACACCUUCACCUUUGGCUAAUAAAAAAAGGAAAAUUGAAAGAUCGAGUACAGAUAAAGCACCAGCCGCUAAAAAAUUAUACUCAGGUUCCCCAGUGCCUACAGAGCAAUUAGAUAUGGAACAAAGAGAAGUGUUGCAGGCGUGCAUAUCUGGUCAAAAUGUUUUUUUCACCGGUAGUGCUGGAACUGGUAAAAGUUUCUUACUUAGAAAAAUUAUUGGAGCUCUACCUCCCGAUGUCACCAUAGCCACAGCUUCAACAGGUGUGGCGGCCUGUCACAUUGGUGGCAUUACCCUCCAUCAAUUCGCGGGUAUCGGCGGAGGCGACGCCUCGUUGGAACGUAGCGUCGAAAUGGCUUCCAAACCUCCGGCAGUGUCAAUUUGGCGCAAAUGCAAACAUUUGAUUAUCGAUGAGAUUUCUAUGGUCGAUGGAGUUUACUUUGAAAAAAUUGAAGAGGUUGCUCGGAGAGUACGGAGAAACGAAAAACCAUUUGGGGGCAUUCAACUGAUCCUCUGCGGGGAUUUCUUUCAGUUACCCCCGGUUACCAGACCUGCGCCUGGUGAGAAGAAGUCGCCCUCGCCGAGGUUUUGUUUCAUGACAGAAGCAUGGAGAAAUUGUAGACUUAACACUUUCGAAUUGAAACAAGUACAUCGGCAAACCGACAAUAAGUUCAUUACCGUUCUGAAUAAGAUAAGAUUUGGUAAAGUUGACGAAGAUGUAGUGAAAACGUUAACUGCUACAUCCAAGCAAAAAAUUGAAGGAGAUGGAAUUUUAGCGACAAGGCUAUGUUCGCACACCAAAGAUGCGGAUAUAAUAAAUGAAUCUAAACUAAAAGCUUUGGGAGGGGAAACUAAAAUAUUUGAGGCUCAAGAUCUUGUACCGGGUAGCAGUAAACAAUUGGACAUGCAAACCACGGUUCCUGGAAAGUUGGAACUUAAGAUCGGAGCUCAGGUAAUGUUACUGAAAAAUAUCAAUUUAUCUGCCGGACUGGUAAAUGGUGCCAGAGGAAUAGUGAAAUUAUUCAGGGACGGCCUGCCUCUAAUUCAGUUCAAAAAUAAGAAGGAAUAUCUGGCGCAGCCUGAACAGUGGAUUGUUAAAACAGCCGGUGGAGCAUCUUUGACAAGAAAACAAGUACCCUUGAGACUAGCCUGGGCUUUCUCGAUACACAAAUCUCAAGGCCUGACCUUAGACUGCGUCGAAAUGUCAUUAGGAAGGGUGUUUGAAGCUGGACAGGCAUAUGUUGCUCUUAGCAGAGCCAGGAGUUUAGACGCUCUAAGGGUUUUAGAUUUUAAUUCUAGUCAAGUAUGGGCAAACCCGGACGUGAUAUCUUUUUACAAAUCAAUAGAUGACUUUAAAUUUAUACCAUUAGGACCCGUUCAUAAAUCAAAUAUACAAAAGAAGGAUCCGAUGAAGAAAAAAUCGACUUUUGGGAAGUCUAAAUUAAUGAUGGACAAACCCCUGGUGACUAUUUGUUAGUAAAUCUCACUCAUUACUUUAGGUUAGUAAUAUUAAUUAGUAAUAAGUAUAUAAAUUAUAUAAAGAUGAUGGAAUUAUUACCAA